AUGAUGAAAUUGCUGGAUGCCAUCGGUUUACAUUAUGAUAUUGUGGCAAAUAAAUUUGAUCAAGUAGACGAAGAAGACCAAGAAAAAUUUCGAAAUCAAAUAAAAACUGAAAUAAGUACAACAGGUCUCAAAGGUGUCGAUCAUGUUUUCCUUGUCAGUGCCAAAAAUCCAAAAAUGUUUCCUGAUUGGCUUACAAUGGUCGAUUAUUUAACUGGUUCAACUAAUUGA